AUGGUCAAGAAGAGAAAGAACAACGGCCGCAACAAGAAGGGCCGCGGCCACGUCAAGCCCAUCCGGUGCUCCAACUGCUCGAGAUGCACUCCCAAGGACAAGGCCAUCAAGCGGUUCACCAUCCGCAACAUGGUUGAGUCUGCGGCUAUCCGUGAUAUCUCCGACGCCUCGGUGUUCGCCGAGUACACGGUUCCCAAGAUGUACCUCAAGCUGCAGUACUGCGUCUCUUGCGCCAUUCACGGCAAGAUUGUCCGUGUCCGCUCCCGCGAGGGCCGCCGCAACCGUGCUCCUCCCCCGCGUGUCCGCUACAACAAGGACGGCAAGAAGGUCACCCCUACCCAGGGUGCUAAGACUGCCUAA